AUGGUUGCUUCCCCGCAGGUAUUACACGAUUGUGGCAUAAUUACAGCUUCUAAUCAUGGAGCUAAUGAUAGUCUAUAUUAUCAAGGUGGCAGGCCUAAGAUUUCAAUUACAGUGCCCCCAAACUCUAGUCAAAAGAUCAGCUGGCUAAAAUCGAUUAUCAUUCUUGCUACCAACAAUGAUGAGACAUUUGAAUUUUUGCCACGAAUUGAAAUCGUGAACGAGACGAAAGGCACAAAGUGGACCUAUUCUAAACAUUUUAUUGGAAUUCCGGAAACCAGCAACGAUUUAUAUUGGUUAACUAGUUGGAGAUUUAGGGGUGAUGAACUAGAAGCUGGUGAUCAUAUUAGCCUUACGGUGCUUUCAGAUUCACGUGUACUACACUCUGGUAUUGACCUCGUAUAUGAUUCUGAGCCAGAUGACAAGUGCAAGCAAUUGAUGAGUAAAUGUUCUAGUUUCUUUUCUAGAAAACCUGGCAAUGAGUCCCCUCUUGGCGUAUUAAAGUUGAACGUUGAUAGUUCUGUAAAUGAGGUAUUACACGAUUGUGGCAUAAUUACUGCUUCUGUUCCUGAAAUUAAUGACAUUCCAUAUUAUGGGGCUGGCAGGCCUCCUAAGGUUUCAAUUACAGUGCCCCCAAACUCUAUUCAAAAGAUUAGCUGGGCAAAAUCAAUUAUCUUUCUUGUUGCCAACAAUGAUGAAACAUUUGAAUUCUUACUACGAAUUGAAAUCGUGAACGAGACCAAAGGUACAAAGUGGACUUAUUCUAAACAUUUUAUUGGAAUUCCGGAAACAAACAACACCUUAUAUUGCUUAACUAGUUGCAAAUUUAGGGGUGAUGAACUACAAGCUGGUGAUCAUAUUAGCCUUACGCUGCUUUCGGAUUUACGUGUACUACAAUCUGGUAUUGACCUCGUAUAUGAUUAUGAGCCAGAUGACAAGUGUAACUCUCUUGAUCAGAUUUUUUUCAUGGCUGUUUCGAUGAUUCAUGAAGCCUCCACCUCAAUUUCUCGAUAUACUUAUCAUGUAUUCCUGAGUUUUAAAGGUACAGAUACACGUAAAAACUUUACAGAUCAUCUUUACACAGCAUUGGUACAAGCAGGAAUUCACACAUUUAGAGAUGAUGAAGAGAUCGAGAGAGGGAAAAAUAUAAAUGAUGAAAUUGAAAAGACGAUUCUACACGAAUCAAAAAUUUCUAUCAUUGUAUUUUCAAAGAAUUAUGCUGCAUCAACACGGUGUCUUAACGAACUUGUGAAGAUACUAGAACGUAAGAAAUCCUCUCAACACAUUGUUUUACCUGUUUUCUACGAUGUCGAUCCAACUCAAGUCAAAAAGCAGACAGGGAGUUAUGCAGAAGCGUUUGCCAAACAUGAAGAGUGUUUCAAAUCCGAAAUGGACAAGGUACAAAGAUGGAGGGUUGCUUUAAAAGAAGUUGCGAAUUUCGCAGGCAUGGUUCUACAAGAUAGUUGUAGGCAUGAGUCGCAAUUCAUUCAAGAUAUUGUUAAGCAAAUUCAAAACAAGCUCUAUCACACCGUUUUAUACGUCCCUUCUUAUUUGGUUGGAAUAGAUUCUCUUGUGACACGCAUUAAUCGGUGGAUAGAAGAAGAUGGAUCAAAUAACACUGGCAUUGCAACAAUUUGUGGAAUUGGAGGGAUUGGGAAGACAACCAUUGCCAAAGUUAUUUUCAAUCAAAACAUCCAAAGAUUUGAAGGUUAUAGUUUCCUUUCAGAUGUUAGAGAAACGACUCAAGAGCGCAAUGGCUUGGUUCGUUUGCAAAGACAACUUAUUUCAGAUAUCCUAAAGGGAAAAGCAAACAAAAUCUACAGUGCAGAUGAUGGAAUUCUUAAGAUCAACGAAGCUGUAUGUUGUAGAAGAGUUCUUAUUGUUCUUGAUGAUGUUGAUGAUUUGGAAAACAUAACUAAAAUAAUUGGAAUGCGAAUACCCUUUUUUCCCGGAAGUAAAAUCAUCCUAACUAGUAGGCGUCGACAUCUACUAAGUGGUCCUUUUAUUACCCAGAUGUUUGAUUUGAAAGAAUCGUCCAGUUAUGGAGACUUAUGCAAAGUGUUUGAAGUAAAAGAAUUAGCUUUCAACGAAUCACUUCAACUUUUUAACUGGUAUGCCUUCGGCCACAACUCUAUAACUGAGAGUUUUAUGGAGUAUGCAAGCAAUAUAGUCAACUACUGUGGUGGGCUUCCAUUAGCUCUUCAAGUUUUGGGUUCUUCUCUCUCUAGCAAAAGUAUGAGUGUAUGGAAAAGUGCAUUGGAGAAAUUGGAAGCAAUCCCUGAUAGCAAAAUUCAAAAGAUUCUACGAGUAAGCUAUGAUUCCCUUCAAGAUGAUCAUGAUAAAAAUUUAUUCCUUGACAUAGCUUGCUUAUUCAUUGGGAAGGAUAGAGAUUAUACAGCUACAAUUUUGGAUGGUUGUGGUUUCUAUACAACAGUUGGAAUUGAAAAUCUCAUAGGCAGGUCUCUCCUAAUUAUUAAUGAAAAAAACAAGCUAAUGAUGCAUCAAAUGGUUAGAGAUAUGGGAAAGGAAAUUAUUCGCCAAGAAUCUCUUGAUCCUGGAAAACGCAGUAGGUUGUGGGGCAAGGACGCAUUCGAUGUAAUAAGAGAAAAAAUUGGUUCAAAAACAAUUAAGUCUCUCACUGUUGACUUACAAGGAUUGCUAGAAAACAAGUCUAAACGGACAACUCCAGGUCUACAUUUUGCAAAGCAUUCAAAAAAUCGAUUUGUCAUGUCAAAUGAGGUUAAUAUAGAAACUGAAGCAUUUGCAAAGAUGCAGAGACUUAAACUACUUCAGUUAGAUUAUGUAAAACUUAAAGGAGACUUCAAAGACUUCCCCAAAGGUUUAAUAUGGUUGCGCUGGCAUGGAUUUCCUCUACAAUCUCUUCCAACAGAUUUUGAUAUUAAGAGGCUAGUUGUUCUUGACAUGCGCAACAGUAACGUAAAACACUUUUGGAAGGAUACUGAGUGUCUUCCAAAUCUGAAGAUCCUUAAUCUAAAUCAUUCACAUGGCCUUCUCAAAACCCCAAACUUUUUAGGACUUCCAAGUCUUGAGAAGUUGAUGCUCAAAGAUUGCAUAAAGUUGACUGAGGUUGAUGAAUCCAUUGGUGAGCUAAAGGCACUUACUUUUUUAAGCCUUAAAGGUUGCAAAAACCUUAUGAAACUUCCAAGAACAAUUGGUUUGCUAUUGUCUCUUGAAGUGCUUAUUUUAUGUGGUUGCUCAAGACUUGAUAAUAUUCCUAGAGAGUUGCAAAAUAUGAAAUCAUUAAGGGUGCUUAAUUUAAAUGGAACUGCCAUAUAUCAAUCAAAAUCGUGGAUGUCUUGGCUAUCCCUGAAAAGAAGCAAGGAGUUGGGUUUCUUUUGGGCAUAUUUACCAUGCUCUUUGGUAAAGUUGAGUCUUGAAAGUUGCAGACUUUCUACUGAUGUCAUGCCCAAUGAUUUUAGCAGCUUACCUUCCUUGAAGUUUUUAAAUUUAAGUAAAAAUCCAAUCCAUAGCCUGCCUAAGAGCAUUAGUAGCCUUGCAAAGCUUAAUGAACUUCUACUGACUUCUUGCUCAGAGCUCCAACUGAUUCCAAAGCUUCCAAUAUUCUGUCCACUCAUUGGGAUUUACAUGUCAUCGUCUCCAUUAACGCACAUUCUUUCAAGUCUACAAUGUCUAAUGUCUUGGAAAAGAUGCAUGAUUUUGGGAUGUGAAAAGCUAGCUGAGGUUGAAGGUGUGUUCAAGUUAGAACCAAUUGAAAACUUUGAAGUGGAACAGAUUAAAAACAUAUUCAACAUUGAUUUUAUUGAGAGCAAUAAAGUGCAACUUUUUAACUACCUAACGGACACAAAAAUAGUUACUACCCCACAGGUAGUAAAUGAAUGCGGUAUAACUAGCACAUUUAUUUCUGGAAGUGAGGUUCCAAUUCGGUUUGAUCAUCGUACUAAAGGGUCUCGGAUCGCUUUCUCUUUGCCAGCACCAUCUCAUUCUGGUGAAAAGAUAAGUUGUUUCAACUUAUGCAUCGUUUUUUCCCUUGUUAGUGGUCAAAUUUUCGAUUUUCCACCAAGUCUUUUUAUUUUUAAUGAGACCAAGGAUAUCAUGUGGGGUUAUUUGUCUAAUUUCAUUGGAAUUCCUGAAACCAACAAUAACACAAUGUUAUGGUUAGUCCAUUGGCCAACAAUGGGCUUCCAGUUGGAAGGUGGCGACUUUGUGAGCUGCACGGUAUCAAAUUUUCAUUUCAAUGUUAGAGAAUUUGGUGUUAGAUAUGAAUCAGAAAACGGCAUCAGAUAUGAAUAUGACUUUCCUCACUAUAUUCCAGGCAAUGAACUUGUAACAAGGAAUAUCCAGUUCGAACUUACUGAAGACUUGCUAAGUUUGGAUUCCUAUGAAAAUGUUAAAGUGCAAAUUUGCAAUUAUUCAGAUGAAUCAGAAAUGGUUGCUUCCCCACAGGUAUUACACGAUUGUGGCAUAAUUACAGCUUCUGUUCCUGCAAUUAGUGAUCUUCCAUGUUUUAGGGCUGGCAGGCCGUCUAAGGUUUCAAUUACAGUGCCCCCAAACUCUAAUCAAAAAAUUAGCUGGGUCAAAUCGAUUUUCAUUCUUGCUGCCAACACUGAUGAAACAUUUGAAUUUUUACCACGAAUUGAAUUCGUGAACGAGACCAAAGGUACAAAGUGGACCUAUUCUAAACAUUUUAUUGGAAUUCCUGAAACCAAGAACCGCAUAAAUUGGUUAACUAGUUGGAAAUUUAGGGGCGAUGAACUAGAAGCUGGAGAUCAUAUUAGCCUUACGGUGCAUUCGGAUUUACGUGUACUAGAAUCUGGUAUUGACCUCGUAUAUGAUUAUAAGCCAGAUGACAAGUGCAAUUCUCUUGAUCGCUUGCAAUGGAUGGGUAAAUGUUCCGGUUUAUUUUCUUCGGCUUUUGUUUAUAAUUUCUUCAAAUCCCAAAGAAACUUGUAUAGGAUGCAGACUUUACUCAAAUGGUGA